AUGUCCUCUGUACCCCCAACCGAGGCAGCCCUUCAAUCUCUCCGAGACGAAUUGAAAGGCAACAUCUUCCGAAAUGUUAAUGGUUUCUUUGCCAAGUACUUCGAGUGGAAGUCCUGGUCCUCAGCAGUCCAGAACAAAUUGCAAGAAACAAAGUCAGCCGAUAUUAUUAGCAAGUUAUCUGCUGGUAUCCCUGGCAUUGCUCACUUCGACCCGCUGGUAGAAUGGCUUGCCGAAUUCCAGACCUUGUUCUUCUCGGUCGACCAAGCCAACUUCCGCUUCCACAGCCAGCCGCUCAGCAACAUGAGUAGCACACCUGGGGCCGUCAUCUACCUCGAGACAUCCGAUCUCCAGUCAGUUGCAGGUAGCACCCGAGUGUUUGGUGAAUUCCAUCAAGACAGUGGCUCCGUCUUGUCCGAUGACGACGACGACACUCUGCGCUUCUGCGAGCGAGCAAAGCAGGUGUUCAAGGCCCAGUCGGCUCGAUGCUUUGUACACGGGUUCCUGGUCCGCAGUACUACGCUGGAGCUCUGGGUUUUUGAUCGGUCGGGCGCCUACAGCAGCGAGAGGCUUGAUCUGGCGCAGAGACCCGACCUGCUGGUGCGGACUUUGGCCGGCUACACCUUGAUGAGUGAUGAGGAAGCUGGGUUUAACACCUUUGUAAAGCACGCACCUGGAUCGGACAGCUAUGUCGCAUUUGAUCAGAGCGACAAGCUGCACCUUCGACCAGAGUUGAUUGCAACGGCGGACUAUACAGUCGGGCCCGGGACAACCUGCUAUGUGGCCUCGACAUCGACAGUCGGGGAACCAGACACUGCCAUCAAGUUUUCCUGGCGGGAGGAUGAAGAGCCCACUGAGGUCCGCCUACUGAAGCGGGCGCGUGAGCGCAACGCCUGGGGCGUCAUCCAGCUCCUAGGCUAUCAGGACCUGGUGAACAUCGCCGACCUUCGCCAGGGGCUGCACUUUCCUCAAACGGUUGCCAACCGGAGAUUCUCGUGCGUCGCAAGCACCCUUCUAGGCCGUCCGAUCCGACAGUUCACGUCGAUUCCCGAGCUCUUGGAGGUCUUGCGUGACCUUGUCAAAGCCCUUCAAUCCCUCUACGUGAAUGCGAGGAUCCUCCAUCGCGACGUCGCCAUUAAGAAUUUGAUCAUCACCCCGCAGCGCAGCGCAGACAGCCCCAGGGAUCUCGACAACGUCCGUCCUAUUGAGCCAAUGGUUGGAUCAGAUGGCUUCAUGGCCAUUGGCAUUCUCUCCGGACAACGGCAUACAUACCGGCACGACUUGGAGUCCCUGUUCUACGCAUUUCUAUGGAUCGCUAUUGCGAACGAUGGCGUGCACGACGAGGCAAAUGACAUACUGGAAGGCAUACCAAAGACAUCGCGGCUCUGGAAAUGGUGCACAAUGGACUUCGGUGCUGUCGGACGGGAUAAGGCCGCCGACAUGAGCCCUGAGGGCUUUGAAGGAAUUCUGGACGAGUUUUCCUCUGACUUCGCUCCUCUCCGAGGUCUUGCCAAAGAACUGCACGCGCUGCUCUUCCCUGUGCGCGAUGGGAAGGUUUUCACGGGUACUGAGACAGACCAGGUGGCUGUUCAGAGGCUCUAUGAUGGGAUGGUGGAUGCUUUCAACCGGAGUGCCCUGGAAUUCCAGGGUUAG